AUGGAGUCUGGAUUUAACUGCCUGGGGCAAAGACUCAGGCGCCAUGUGUGUGAUAGACGAGCACCAUCACCACGGAACCAUCACUCUUCGAGGUGCAACAGCAGCCAUGGCUUAUUCAGGAUGAAUGCCAACGAGGCUCUACUUUACAACGACUUCCAGAACGAUGAGGAGGAGUCACUCGACAGGUUUUCUGUGAGUGUUGACCAAGAAGAUAAUGCCAGAUUGGAGGCAGACUCUGACGAAUCUGAUGUGGAUGCUAAGGUGGAUCGAAACGAGGCAAUGGCUGACGCUGCUGGUACUGCAUUGAAGAGCAGUGAUUCAAGGAAUGUGGGUGAAGAUGAGGCUAUCACAGGAGCUCAAAGCAAGAUAUCUGACCCAAAUGUGCAGCCAAAAGUGGUAUCACGCAGAUCCAGAAGUAGACGCAGACGUCGGCCUAGAAAAUCUGCAGCCUCAAAAUCAAGAGGGAGCAGAUAUCAUGAUGACACAACCUAUGAUGAUGAUGGAGAGCCUGUAACGCAGUGCUUGCACUUGGAUGAUGAUAGAUCCAGAGAAUCAAGAUUGAGGAGAUUGAGGAAGAGUGCCAGGGCUCACAAGCCCUGUGACUGUUGUCCAAAGCCAUGCCCACCACCUUGUCCAAAGCCAUGCUGUUGUCCACCACCUUGCCCAAAACCAUGUCCACCUCCUGUGUCCACCUCCAUGCUGUCCCCCACCAUGCCCAAAACCAUGUUGUCCACCUCCAUGCUGUCCACCACCUUGUCCAAAGCCAUGCUGUUGUCCACCACCUUGCCCAAAACCAUGUUGCCCACCACCUUGCUGUCCACCACCUUGCCCCAAGCCAUGUUGUCCACCACCUUGCCCCAAGCCAUGUUGUCCACCACCCUGCCCCAAGCCAUGUUGCCCACCACCCUGUCCAAAGCCAUGUUGCCCACCACCCUGUCCAAAGCCAUGUUGCCCACCACCAUGCCCUAA